CAAGGCACAACAGGACAUUUUCCUGCCGCACGUUGAAAAAGGAACAAUCACCCUUGUGGGGGCCACCACUGAAAACCCGAGUUUCCAGCUGAAUAGCGCGCUUCUCUCCCGAUGUAGGGUGUUUGUGCUGAACAAGCUGACCGCAGACGAGCUACACAAGAUAGUGUCCAAGGCACUGUUGGUUAUUAAUAAGACGCGAAAACUUGUUCAUAACAUGCCUAUUCUGCGUUUCAACAAGGAGUCGGUUGCAUACUUGUGUGACAUCGCAGACGGCGACUCGAGAAGCGCCCUGAACCUGGUGGAGCUGGCAGAUUCACAUUUCAUGUCUGAGUCGAACUUGGAAAAAGGAAAACAUGUCAUCGAGGUUACCCCUGAACAGUUACGAGAAAUUUUGAAGAGAACGCACAUGGUUUACGAUCGUGUCGGAGAUGCCCAUUAUGACACAAUCAGCGCUUUCCACAAGUCUGUCAGGGGAUCCAACCCAGACGCAGCAAUGUACUACCUCGGGAGAAUGUUGAAGGGGGGUGAAAACCCGCUUUACAUUGCCCGGAGAAUGAUCAGAAUAGCAAGCGAGGACGUUGGGGUUUUAGACGAUUCGUGCCUGCCUUUUGCCAUUGCCACAUACCAGGCGGUGCAGUUUGUUGGCUUACCGGAAGCAGAUCUUGCGCUUGUUCAUUGCGCCGUAAAAUUGGCACGCGCACCCAAAUCAGUGGAAAUCUACCGAGGAUGGAACGAGCUUAAUGCUAAGCUGGAUUCACAACCGGAAUUUGCUUCAGCCCCAAUUCCACUACAUUUGCGGAAUGCUCCAACUAAGCUUAUGACUGAGCUUGGUUACUCCAAGGGCUACAAGUACAAUCCCGAUUUCAAAGACGGUUUGGUGAAGCAAGACUACUUCCCCGAACAAGUUGGAGAUUUGAAAAUCUUAACCGGGAAACACCUUGGGUUCGUGCGAGAUCCGGAUCUGUAG